CUCAUGGACGUUAUCGCUGGACGAAAGACUGGAGGCAAGAUCACCGGCCAGAUCCUGCUGAAUGGCCACCCGGCCACCGACCUCUCUAUCCGUCGAUCCACGGGUUACUGUGAGCAGAUGGACAUUCACUCCGAGUCGGCUACCAUCCGUGAGGCACUCACGUUCAGCGCGUUCCUGCGUCAGGGAGCCGAUGUUCCCGAUAGCUUCAAGUAUGACUCGGUGAACGAGUGUUUGGAGUUGUUAGACUUGCACCCGAUCGCCGACCAGAUCAUCCGUGGCAGCUCCGUGGAGCAGAUGAAGCGAUUGACAAUUGGCGUGGAGCUGGCAGCUCAACCGAGUGUGUUGUUCUUGGACGAACCGACGAGUGGACUUGACGCUCGCUCUGCCAAGCUUAUCAUGGACGGUGUGCGCAAGGUGGCGAACACUGGUCGUACGGUGGUGUGCACGAUUCACCAGCCAUCGACAGAAGUGUUCAGUGUUUUUGACAGUCUGUUGCUACUGAAGCGUGGUGGUGAGACGGUGUUCGCUGGAGAACUUGGUAAGAACGCCAGCGAGAUGAUUGCUUACUUUGAAUCGAUUAACGGUGUGGCAAAGCUGGAGGACAACUACAACCCAGCAACGUGGAUGCUGGAGGUUAUCGGUGCGGGUGUGGGCAACAGCAACGGCGACAGGACCGACUUUGUGAAGAUCUUCCAGUCGAGCAAGCACUUUGAGCUUCUCCAGGCAAACCUGGAUCGUGAAGGCGUAUCUCAUCCGUCGCCGUUGAUGCCUCCUCUGGAGUACAGCGACAAGCGCGCUGCAACGGAGUUAACUCAGGCCAGAUUCCUGAUCCAGCGCUUCUUCAGGAUGUACUGGCGCACAGCUUCGUACAACUUGACUCGCUUCUUCCUGGCAUUGAUUCUUGGACUUGUGUUCGGCAUCACGUAUGUCAGUGCCGAGUACACGUCGUACGCCGGUAUCAACUCAGGCAUGGGUAUGCUCUUCUGCACGACUGGAUUCCUCGGCUUCAUCUCAUUCAGCAGCGUCAUGCCAAUGGCAUCCCAGGACCGUUUGGUAUUCUACCGCGAGCGAGCUGCACAAACGUAUAACGCGCUCUGGUACUUCGUGGGAUCAACAGUCGUCGAGAUCCCGUAUGUCUUCUUCAGCACGAUGCUGCUCAUGGCACCAUAUUUCCCGAUGGUCGGGUUCACAGGAGGGGCCACAUUCUUCGCUUAUUGGCUUCAUCUUUCCAUGCACGUGUUGUGGCAAGCGUAUUUUGGCCAGCUCAUGUCGUACCUCAUGCCGACAGUCGAAGUAGCUACGAUCUUCGGGGUGCUACUCCAAAUGAUCUUCUUCCUCUUCAACGGCUUCAACCCUCCGGGAGCGUCGAUCCCUCAAGGUUACAAGUGGUUGUAUCACAUUACACCGCAUAAAUACUCGCUGGCUUUGGUUGCAUCCCUGGUCUUUGGUGACUGUCCAAGCGAUGGAGACGGCUCGGAAAUUGGAUGCCAGGUUAUGACUGGGCUGCCACCUUCACUUCCUGAGGAUAUGACUGUCAAGGACUACCUAGGGGACGUCUUCGCAAUGAAGCACAGCGAGAUCUACAAGAACUUCGGCUUCGUCUUGGGAUUCAUUGUGGUGUAUCGCUUCCUCGCGCUACUUGCACUGCGCUUCGUCAACCACCAAAAGAAGUAAAUGCCAUGCAUUAGUGAUAUAAUAAUUGAAACGCUCGAGAUGCUUUGAAUUUCUAAAACA